UACAUUUCCAUGCAAUCCAAGAAAUACAGUCUUUGUUUUGCUGUAUGUUCGUGAUAGGCUUUACUGUCCGCAAUUUGCUUAUUGCCUGCAUUGCUCUAGUCACAAUUUCUUUAUAUUGGAUCUCGUCAAUCCCGUCUAAAACUCGAUUACCAUCGCCAUUGCUGCAAGACACCAUGCCCACAUCUUUGAAACACCUAAAGAUUUCGCCCAAGGAGGCCCAUACUGCUACUGUCAUCUUUCUUCACGGGUUGGGCGAUAGUGGCCAUGGGUGGCUUCCUGUUGCUAAGAUGCUUUGGAGCUCGUUCCCUAAUGUGAAAUGGAUACUUCCACAUGCCCCUACAAUCCCCGUCUCCUUAAACCACGGCAUGGCUAUGCCAUCUUGGUUCGACAUUCGUCACCUUGAUAAAUUGGAUAACUCGGAGAACGACGAUGAGCAGGGGAUGCUCGAAACGCUAAAGUCAGUUGACGAGCUUAUCCAAGCCGAGGUGGAUAGUGGGAUCCCUGAAAAUAGGAUCGUUCUCGGUGGUUUUUCCCAGGGCGGCGCGAUCAGUGUUCUAAACAUGCUGACAACAAAGAGGAAGCUGGCUGGAGUGGUGGCGUUGAGCACUUGGGUCCCUCUCAACCACAAGAUUGUACAAAUGAUGUCUGAGCAUGCCAAGGAUAUUCCAGUGUUCUGGGGCCACGGAACGAAUGACCCAGUGGUCGAUUACCGCUUUGGACAACGAUCAGUUGAUUUUCUUGUACAAAAAUGUGGCUACAAGCUGCUUUCUCAGGGCACAACCUUUGCUCGUCCUGGUAUCCGUUUUGAAUCCUACCCAGGAAUGCCCCAUUCUUCCUGUCCUCAGGAGAUUGAAGAUCUCAAGUCGUGGUUAAUGGAGGCGCUCAAGUAAAAAUAGGCUUAAUUUCGCAAAAUCGUUACCGCAGUGAGCACAGUCAGACUUGGGAAUGCACAACAGUGAGCAGAAUCAGAUUUGGGAAUGCACAACAAUUGUUCAUAGAGUACGCCGUAAUAUGACCAAAAA